CACAUUACCAACACAUAAACAAUGGCGUUUCCCUCCAUUUCUACCAUUCUUCCUUUACUUUUACUCCUCCAGCUAUCAACAGCUAAAACCUUCAAAUCAGAUCCCAUUCAAGAAAAAUUCAUCCAAUGCUUCAACGCCAAUUCCGAGGUCGCCUUACCCAUCUCCACUUCCUUUUUCACCCCUAAAAAUGAUUCUUUCUCCACUGUCUUGCAAUCCACGGCACAGAACCUCCGGUACUUGACGCCUUCGAUGCCUAAACCCGAGUUCAUUGUCAUGCCGUUGCACGAAUCCCAUGUCCAAGCUGCCGUCAUUUGUUCCAAGCAGCUUGAUAUCCACCUCAGAGUCCGUAGCGGAGGCCAUGAUUACGAAGGAUUAUCUUAUGUAUCCGAAAUUGAGUCGCCCUUUAUUAUGAUCGACCUUUCGAAGCUCCGAUCGGUGAAAGUCGACAUCGAGGAUAAUAGUGCUUGGAUUGAAGCUGGUGCAACUAUUGGUGAAGUUUACUAUAGAAUUUAUGAGAAAAGCAAGAUUCAUGGGUUCCCUGCAGGGCUAUGUACUAGCUUAGGCGUUGGUGGGCACAUCACAGGUGGUGCAUAUGGUACCAUGAUGAGAAAAUAUGGCCUCGGUGCCGAUAAUGUCAUUGAUGCUCGAAUCGUCGAUGCUAACGGACGAGUCCUCGACCGUGCAGCCAUGGGAGAAGAUCUUUUUUGGGCUAUCAGAGGUGGUGGAGGUGCCAGCUUUGGCGUUAUCCUUCAAUGGAAGAUAAAUCUUGUUCCGGUCCCUGCUACAGUGACAGUCUUCACUGUCACAAAGUCCCUAGAACAGAACGGUACCAAGAUCCUCCAUCGCUGGCAACAGGUUGCCGAUAACCUCGACGAGGACCUUUUCAUUAGGGUCAUCAUUCAAACGGCCACAAACAAUGGUGAGAAAACAAUGACAACAUCAUAUAACUCUGUAUUCCUAGGUGAUGCUGAUAGGCUCCUACAGAUCAUGGAACAAAGCUUCCCCGAAUUGGGACUAACCCGAAAAGACUGCAUCGAAACAAGCUGGAUCAAAUCGGUUCUGUACAUUGCCGGAUACCCGAGAAACACGCCCCCAGAGAUUCUUCUCCAAGGUAAGUCCACAUUCAAGAAUUAUUUCAAAGCCAAAUCAGACUUCGUGAAAACAACCAUUCCAGAAACAGCAUUGGAAGGACUAUGGAAAAGACUUAUGGAGGAAGACAGUCCAUUGAUGAUAUGGAACCCGUACGGCGGGAUGAUGGCGAGGAUAUCGGAAUCCGAAAUCCCGUUCCCGCAUCGGAAAGGCAACAAAUUCAUGAUCCAGCACUUGACACUAUGGCAAGACGGGGAUGAUAAGAGUGCAGAGAAGCACAUGGAUUGGAUUCGAAGGAUGUAUAAUUACAUGGCACCUUAUGUUUCAAUAUUCCCCAGGACUGCUGCCUAUGUGAAUUACAGGGACCUUGAUCUGGGGACCAACAAGAAUGCAAGCACAAGUUUCAUUGAGGCCAGUGGUUGGGGCGUGAGGUAUUUUAAGCACAAUUUCAACAAAUUGGUGAAGGUGAAGACCAAAGUUGACCCUGAUAAUUUCUUCAGGCAUGAACAGAGUAUUCCACCACUUCCAGUUGAAGCUCGAUGCUUAUGAAGGAGUAAUUAUUAAUCUUUGUUUUUCACUUUCAUGCUUGAUUUGUAUUGCCUUUUUAUUUUGUAUUAGUCUUUGUUCU